AUGGCAUCUGGGGCCAAUCAACCCACCGAACGCGUCUUGUCCGAGCCACCACACUCGAGUCUCCUUGAUCUACUAUCCAACACCAUAGUCCUCCACGAAACCAUCCUAUUCCUCCCAGUCUCCGACCUCCUUCACCUCGCUGCGACUUCGAAAGACCUGCGCAACCUCCUCUACCAGACCCCAGGUGUCUUCCGGCACGUCGACCUCACGACCAUCAAGUCUGCCCAGUUCGACGUUGCAGCUAUAGAUCACGGCGGUCAAGUUUGGCGCAAUGUGCAGCUGGACGAGAACCUCACUGAGGAUGAGUUCUACUCGGGUCCCUUGAGGGGCAUCUUCUACAGCCUGCGACGCAUCGACAUUCUACGCGAUGUCCAAACACUUGUACUAGACGGGUUGUCUGUGACAGCCGACCUUAUCAACGACAUCCUCGUCGACCCAAAGUACCAAGUCCGCAUUCUUUCCAUCCGCGAAACCAAGAACCUCAACGAGCGCAGACUCAUGCAGUCACUACGCUAUGCUUGUCGCCCCAGUCGACCAGAAGGCACUCCACGCCUGAGGGGACUGUACGUUAUCAACUGGAACCACAAAUCGACACAUGCGCUGAAAGAGGCCAUCAAUGCCGACGGCGACGAAUGGUAUCAACAGAAGGGUAAGAUCAUAACUAAGCCCAUCACUGACGGGUGGGCCGAGACUCUGCUCGACUGUCGCGGCGCCGUUCAGUUCGAUGCCACAUUGUGUACAGGGCCGCGUCACAGAAACUCGUCGGCUGUUGGCAAAGUUUCGGUUCCGAGUGUUCCUGGCGCACAGCACCCAUACAAUGUGGCCAACUUUGCGCUUGGCGGAUGCGCAAACUGCGGCUGCGCGCCCGAAGGCUUCACCGUCUAUGGCGACAGUCCUUCUGGGGAGCUCCCGCUCCUAUCGCCUAUGCCGCUCCAUUCUUCAAAUGUCAAGACAGCCAGUCGCCCGCAAGCUUGCAAGAGUGGCAACAACGAGACCCCCAAAUUCGUCCCUAGAUGUUGGGACUGCAUACGGGAUCGCUUCUGCUUCAGUUGCCGAGAAUGGUGGUGUGAGUCGUGCUACCAACCCAAGAUCAAACGCGACUGCUGGGAAUGUUUGACGAAUUGUCUUGACUGCAUUGCGCAAACACAGCUGAGAUGCCGAUGUUGCGGUGGAGGAUACUGCAUUGUGCACUACGAAGGCUCCACCGAAACUCUAUGCGACUGUAAGUUGAACCUGGGAACUGCAAAAGCGACUAACUGA